CUGAUCGCGAAGUAACGCUCUUCUGCAAACACAGUUUCGUGUUUAGUACUCGUAGAUACGUGUUGAAUGUGGAAAUUACCCACAGUUGUAAAAAAACUCGAAUAAUUUUCAAUGGAUUUGCAUUCACGAGAGUAAUGAAAUCUUCAACUGUGCAUCGUUGCGAAGAAACUGGACGAGUUGCGUUCACAAUCAUAUUUCAAGUAAUGAUUACCUAUGCCUAUUACCUACAUAUUAUCUUUAAAACCCCAAGAUGUCAACCAAAGCACCAUACUGUAUUGUCACGUUACUCAAAAUCGCCUAUUAUUUCGAAGACAACGUAUACAAAUACUUCAAUUUGCCGAUAUGUUUUGUAGGCGUGAUUUCCAAUUUACUUAACGUAUUGGUAUUCACGAGAAAAACCAUGAUUUCGCCUCCGAACCUGAUAUUUGCUCAUGUAGCCUUGGCGGAUUUUCUAGUCUUACUAGUUCGUAUUCCGAGCAUAUGGCCAGUCUAUACUCGCAGUGCUGACCACGAUUUUAACACAACAACAGUAACUGAAACUUACGCGGGGGCGAUAUUCAGAAACUACAAUGGUAUUUUCAUUUCCACCUUUAGUUUUAUAUCGAUAUUCCUCACAGUACAGUUGACAGCAUGGAGAUAUGUAGCUGUAGUGUAUCCGUUGAAGGAACGUCAUUGGUGUAAUAAGAAAAUUACUCGGAAUGUGGUGAUCGCUGGAUACAUAACAUGCUGUGUUUUAUACGCUAUACCGAGACAUUUGUCGUUCGAUAUUUUCACAGUAGACAAAAAUCAAACAAUUACUUACCAAGUCUCAAUCAGAAAACAUCGCACAAUGUACUCGAUGAUAAUGCUGACACACGCACUGGUGUUCAGAUUAUUUCCAGCAAUUGUAGUAGCAGGACUUACUUCUAGAAUAAUUGUCACCUUAUUAGCAAGAACAGCCCGUCACGAACAACUAACUCAAUCCGGAAGCGUCCAAAGUGACACGAGAAACGUCAAAGUGAGACAACAAAUGAACAGGCCAACCGCCAUGUUGUUGGCUGUGGUGGCAUUAUUUUUCAUUGCAGAAUUUCCAAAAGGAAUUUUAAGUUUACUGUCGGUAAUUUAUGAAUUUGGUAAGCCGAGGACACGAUGUUACAAGUCACUAGUGAAAAUAUUCAUUACGAUAACCAACAUUAAUACAUCAGUCACAUUCAUCGUGUAUUACGCUCUCAGUGAACAAUUCAGAAUCGCGUUUAAAUCUUUGUUCAACUGUAAUAUUGUUUCUCAUCAAGAAAGUAAUCCAGAUGCUGCGGGUAGUACCGAAAAAAUUACCGCAGGUACGAAAAUUGAUCAAGUUUAGCAAAAGUUAUUUCCACACGUAGAAUAUAAUAAUGAAGUAAAAGUUAAGCAAUUAUGUAUCGAUUUUCUCUUAAGUAAUGGAUCUAUUUUUAAAGCGAAAUAUUAUGGGUAAUAAAUAUUGUUCUUCAUAAAUUAAGUUAAGCCUUAACGCAAGUUAGGAAGUAUAAGUUUGAAAAUUUGUAAUGGUCAGGGAUAUGGCCACACUGCUGGUAAUUCGCCCUUCCUAUUGGGUAAUGGGACAAUGUUGUAUGCAACAUUGUCAGAUAUUCGGUUCAAAUACUUUAUUAUUACGUUUUUCUCCGCGGUACGGAUGUGUCGUGGUCUCUUCGGUUAAUAAGUUUUCUCUUCGGAUAAUUUGCUUAAUUUCGUUAAUAAAACGGUUGAAAGUACAUGUAUUUCGUCGUUACUACUUGGUAUGGAAUCGAUUGCUUUUACCUACAGGUACUCUAUUGAUUUAUUCCCUUUUGGACCCUUGUGGGAAAUUGUGACUUUUGAGUCGAGCUAUUCAAUAGAUAGGUGUCUCGUAUGACCAUUUAUAACACCAGGUAACAAGUAGUUGUCGCUCUUUUACAAAUUCCAACUCAUGGCAAUGUAUUCGAAAAGUUGAUUUUUAAUUUGAAUUUUUUCAAUGAAUUUAUAGUUUCAUCAAUUUACUGGUGUUUCAAAAGUUGAAAUAAAGAGAAAACAAUUGUGUCUUUAUAUUCUUUCUGUGUGUUAUAUGUAUACUUGGGUACCUUUUCUGAUUCAUUUUAGUAAUAUUGCAAAAAAAGGAGAGUAGAGACAGAGCUCGUGAUCCAUUUUUUUCCAAAAAAGUUUCCAAAUAGGUAUCGAAAAGCAAUCAAAAAAGUAACAAAGCGAGAGAAAAACAUUUCGACGCAGAGAAAACGUCACAAAUGAACAGAACUAUUCAAUUGAAUUGAAUCAAAAAAAAAAAAAAAGAAACACAAAUAUGAAACAAAACGUUCCAAUAAAAAUCUACUGAUUAAACUAACUUGAUCGUAACAUCGGUAAUUUUCACAAAAAGCAGAACUUAUAUUUCGCAAGUUUUUGGCAAAAAACGAGAAUUUUUAGCAACUCAUGGCAAAAAAAAAACGAGACUUAAAACCAACUUGAGGGAGCCCCCUUUUUUUGGAAAAAAAACCAUCCACAGUUUUUAGAAAUUCAUUAACAAAAACGAGACUUAUAGGCAAUUUUUGUAUACCUGAACGUGAGACUAUAGGUAACGAACUUCAGCGAAAAGCAGGAUUUUUUCAGCAAUAAUUCUUGACAAUGUAGGUAGCGAAACUUUUUAGCGUUUACUGGUACCUAUUAUCAAAAAAGAGAGAUCGAU